CACUAUACUUGUGUUUGACAACUCCAAAAUAUUAAAAUUUGGGGUUGAAGUUUUCAACCCUAACUUUUGUCAAUCCUCACCCCAAAUUGCAAAGAAAAAAUGGAAAAAUCCCUCCGUCGCUAACAUUGCCUUACCGUCACUAGCAGGCGGAGUCCUCGAUCUUCUUCAUCAACAUCGCUUCUUUCGAUUUUUACUUUUCAAUCAAGCAUGGAUAAAUCAUAAUCCAAGACAAAUUAAUGUGAACAAUUUGAAAAAGAAAAGUUGAAUUAGCAUCAAAUAUAGAAAUUUUACUCCCUAGAUCUGCGGCGAAGAAUACUUUUGAGACUGGAAGCUUAAUCGCAGACUAUAGAACGAUUUUGCAGCCGAGCAGAAUUUAGUUCGAGAUUUAGCAACGAAUUCGAUUUUAAGCGACGAUUUCUGCUUGUUAUUAAGAUCACUAAAAGGGCGAUAUUGUAAAUUUGUGAUGCAUUGAUCCAAGGUUAUUUAACCAUGAAGAAGCCAAAACAGGUUAAUAAAAGGAGUCAGAAGCAUCAAAACGAUUGGUUCAAUGAUGUUCUUGAUGAAAACAAAAAACUAGCAAUCCCAAUUGGACCACGUUUUCAAGCUGACGUGGCAGAGUGGACGGGCCCACCUCAAAGAAAAUACCCCCACAAAAGUCUCACAAAGUCAACAUCAUCAAAGUAUUUAGGCACUGUGAUUUGGUCAAACAAAGAAACAACACCAGAAACAGAAAUCGGGAAAGGGAGACCUGAAAACUGUGAUUGUCAUUCCCCAGGAGCUAUUUCCUGUGUUAAGCGCCACAUUGCUUUAAAAAGAACGCGUCUUCAAAAAGAUCUGGGACCCGCUUUCCAUAAAUGGAAGUUUGAUGAGAUGGGAGAAGCUGUUGCCAAGCUAUGGAAGUACUCAGAGCAGCAGAAGUUUAUUCAGAUUGUGAAAAGGAAUCCGAUUUCUGAAGGUAAUAACUUUAUAAAACUUGCAUUAGAAUCUUUUCAAUCAAAGUCAUGGAAAAACAUAGCCAGCUAUUACUUCAAUGUAUACCUCCCUAGACGCAUAAGUGCAAAAACUAGGUCAAGAACUGGAACUGUAGACACAGAUGAUGAUGAAGAAGAAGAAGAGAAAGAGAAAAAGACAAAGCCUUGUUCUAAAGGGUCACGAAAGAGGGCUCAGGUUGAUGGUGUAGGGAAAGGGAACACUUCUAAAAUUGGAAAGGUUGGUUACUUAAGUGGAAGAAGAUGAAUAUAUAUAUAUAAAGCUGAGGGGAAUCUUUUUGCAGAAGUUCGGUUUUUCUCACCAGUAAUGUUUUUCUUCCUUCUCUAAUUCUCUUGUUUACUUUUGCCUUUAAUAUAUAUUGCCCCAAAUAAAAAUCAUAUUAGGGGAAUCUAUAGUCAAGGUGGAUAUAACUUUGGAUAGAAUCAUUUUUCCUUAAGGUCCAUAAAUCAAGCUUCAUAGUCUUGCUUGCUAUA